AUACCGUGCAACAAUUACAGGAGGUUGCACCUCAACUAAGGGACCUCUGCAUGGCGGGCGGCUUUCCGCUAGCAAAAUGGCAUGCAACUCAUCUCGACAUACUCAAGACUGUCACCGACAGCCAAGACCAAGGCUUACCAAUCACCUUCGACGAUUGCGCAACCAAGAUACUCGGACUCAAAUGGCUCCCUCAAGAAGAUACAUUUGCAUUCUCACCUAGGAACUCACGCACUGAAGACAGACUCACAAAACGCCUCGUCUUAUCUGAAGUGGCUCAGAUACUCGAUCCACUUGGUUUUGCAUCACCCGUCGUGAUCAAGGCCAAAAUUCUCUUGCAGGAGCUGUGGCUGCACAAGCUCCAAUGGGAUGACCCACUGACAUCCCAGCUCUCAACCCGGUGGCUCAUCCGCAGAGAAGAACUCAUAGGCUUGGCCAAGCUUUCGAUACCUAGAUGGUUCAACACUUGGAGCACCUCUUCUGUGGGACUGCAAGGCUUCUCUGACGCUUCUCAAUUAGCAAUGACUGCAGUCGUAUACAUCUCCGUUCACGACUCAACUGGAUCCACGUUUUCACUUGUGUGCUCCAAAACUAAGGUAGCACCUAUCAAGCGGCUGUCAAUCCCUCGACUUGAACUCACGGCUGCUCUACUGCUCUCUCGACUCAUGCAAUACGUCAAAGCCACUUUAAACAUGGACGUAAUGGCAACUCACCUGUGGACGGAAUCUCUAGUGACACUUUCAUGGGUCAGAUCUCAUGCAUCACGCUGGAAGGAUUUUGUCAGAAACAGGGUGGCUCAAAUUGAAGAACUCACUCCAGCUGCUCACUGGAGAUACAUACCAGGAACUUCCAAUCCGGCUGAUUGCGCAUCACGAGGCCUCACGACUGCUCAGCUUCAAAACCGCUCACUUUGGUGGACGGGACCACCAUGGAUACUCAAUCCAGACUCAUGGCCGUCGCAACUAGCACUCUCCGAAGAGUUGAGUGCAACAGAAGCUCACCCAGGCGUUUCGCUAUUGACUGUUACGCCAAGGACUGAUUAUCAAUGGGAACUCAUCUACAAGUACUCAAGCCUCACUAAACUAUUGAGGAUUACAGCUCUCUGUUUCAGAUUCGUCUCACGGUUGAGGAAGGUCCACGACUCAUUGCCUGUUAGACACAUCUCUCCAGAGACCUUGGAGAAAGCGAGGCUCUUCUGGAUUCAGGCAGCUCAAGCAACGUACUUCUCUCACGAGCUCAAGGCGCUACAAGCAGACUCACCGUUGGCAAAGGCACACGCAUUCAACCGAUUAACUGCGUACAUCGGCGCUCAAGGAGUCAUUCGCGUCGGCAGACGACUCGCUCACGCAGCUCUUUCACUCGAUGCGAAACAUCCUGCAAUAUUGCCUCGUUACUCUCAGCUAUCAUCAUUGAUCAUCGCUCACGCUCAUCAAUGGACUCUACAUGGAGGCACGCAGCUUACGCAUCCGACAACAGUACUGGAUUCUCGGCGGAUGGGCUCCUGUCAAUUCUCACAUCCUGCGACACGACCGUUCACUCAUACAGGUGUGGACUACGCAGGGCCACUCACCGUCAAAACGUGGAAAGGAAGAGGUGCCAAGACCACUAAAGGCUGGAUUUACGUCUUUGUCUGCUUCUCAACUUCAGCAGUACACCUAGAGGCGGUCAGUGACUACUCAUCCGAAAGGUUCAUUGCCGCCUAUCGACGCUUCUCAUCCAGACGCGGCAUUGCUCACACCUCACAAUCAAACUGCGGCACCAAUUUCAUCGACGCGGAUACAGCUCUCAAAAGGCUGUUUAUCCAGAGCACUCAAAACCAUCAGCGCAUUUCUCAACUGCUCUCGCAAGACAACACCCGAUGGGAGUUCAAUCUCCCAGCGACACCUCACAGGGGAGGAAAAUGGGAGGCCGUCGUAAAACCAAAAGAAGUCCUCUCACCGCCAUACCAGAGCCAUCACUCACUGACCUGGCCAUCUCAAGACUCUCACGAUGGCAACUCAUCCAGCACAAGGCACCAUAGGAACAACGAGAUCAAGAUCGGAUCAUUGGUGCUCAUCACCGACGAGCGGCUACCACCAUGCAAAUGGCCGUUAGCCCGGAUAACAGCCCUACAUCCUGGGAAGGAUGGACCCGUGCGGGUGGUGACUUUGAAGACAGCCACUACCACUCUCAUCCGACCAGUGAUCAAGCUCUCCGUCCUGCCAAUCUCAUCAUAA